CAGAGGCAAAAGAAAGUGAGGAACUCAAACCCAAGGCAGAAGAAUCAGAGGAAUCGGAUUCCAGUGAAGAAAGCAGCAGUGCAUCAGAAAUGGAUUUCCUGCGCGACCCUUUUUUCCCGGACGCUGGCAUUGGGCACUCCAGAAAAGGUCCUUGAUGAACUAACCCUUGACGGAGUGAGCAAAUUUAUGCUUGGUGAAAAAUGUAAGAAUGUGGUGUUUAUGGUUGGAGCAGGCAUCUCAACAUCCGCAGGAAUCCCUGACUUCCGUUCACCAGGCAGUGGACUGUAUGCAAAUCUUCAGAAGUACAACUUGCCAUAUCCUGAAGCCAUAUUUGAAAUUGGAUUCUUUAAGCAAAAUCCAGAACCAUUUUUUGCGCUGGCUCGAGAACUGUAUCCUGGUCAGUUCAAGCCAACUAUUUGUCAUUAUUUUAUGCGUCUAAUGAAAGAAAAGGGAAUGUUACUUCGGUGCUAUACUCAGAACAUAGAUACACUCGAGCGGGUAGCCGGUCUCUCAUCUGAUGACUUGGUAGAGGCACAUGGAACUUUCCACACCUCUCACUGUGUUGGAACAUUCUGUAGAGAGGAAUAUUCUCUUUCUUGGAUGAAAGAAAAGAUUUUCUCUGAUCUGAUCCCUAAGUGUGAAAAGUGUAACAAUUUGGUCAAACCAGAUAUUGUGUUUUUUGGGGAAAGCCUCCCAUCCCACUUCUUUUCGGCUUUAAAAUCGGAUUUCCCCAAGGUUGAUCUGCUUAUUGUAAUGGGAACAUCUCUUCAAGUUCAGCCAUUUGCUUCUCUUGUUGGCAAGGUGCCUAGUAAGACACCACGUCUUUUAAUCAACAAAGAAAAGACUGGCCAGGGAGACUCAUUUUUUGGACUGCUUGGUUUAGGAGGUGGAAUGGACUUUGAUUCAGAAAAAGCUUACAGGGAUGUAGCCUGGCUUGGAAACUGUGAUGAUGGUUGUCUAGCCUUAGCUGAAUUUCUUGGAUGGAAGAAAGAACUGGAAGACUUUUGUAAGGAAGAAUGGGCAAAGAUACCUCAAACAAGAAUUGAAAGACUCUUGGCUGGCUACAAAAAGCGUUUACAAGCUGUGAUACUUGCCAAAGGGGGCAGUACAAGAUAUUAA